AGGUUACCACGGUGGGUUUUCUUGGCCGCGUCAAUCGUCCGUUCGCUGGUCCGCCCGUCCGUCCGUCCGUCCGCCCCGAAGCCUCUCGCCGCCCUCUCCGCCGGAGCGCCGGCGAGCAAACAACCGUCCUUCUCCUCCCGGUAAGGAAAGCCCUAGCUUUGCUCGGAUCGCGCCUCGUUUUCCCGCUUACACACGACCUUCCGCCGUCAAGAACCGAGCCGGACCGAAUCCAGCCCGGAUCUCUCCCGUCCGACGUCGGCCUCGCCCCCCGCCCCCCUCCCGCCGGCAGCCCAGGCGCCAGGUUUGUUGUCUGCCAUGGGUGACUACACAAUCCGGAUAAGCACCAGCUUGAUCGAACAGCUCGCGCGCGAUGACGAGAAGCAGGUGAAAAGGAGGACCAGGAAACCCAAGCCGAAGAAGGUCGUGGAGCAACAAGAGGAGCCUCAGGACAAUGGGAGGGAACUUCCAACUGAACCCAAGAGCAGCCCUGCUCCUGGGUGGUCACUGCCACCCCCCAUGUACCUACCAGUGACCCCUGCUGCUCCACUGCCCCCGCCGGUCAUCCAGGAGGUGGAAGCCAUACGCACUGUGGUGGCGGAGAGCGAGAAGGUGCUGGAGAAGCUGCAGAAGAAGGAGGCGACGAUGCGCGAUGAGCUCACCAAGAGGGCCAAGGAGCUGCACGACAAGGAGUUCAAGCUGCCGUACCAGAACCCCUCGCCGUGCACCGACGAGAGGGCCGGGUGCGCCGAGUGCUACAGGAGCAAUGUGCAGGACCCGCUCAAGUGCGCCGAGGCGGUGAAGAGGUUCGAGGCGUGCGUCCGCAUGGCGAGGCGGAGCGGUGGUGCCAUGGGAGCUGCUCAGUAGUAGCGCUGGAGGAGGGGUUGUGAGUCGGAGCUGAGUGAGCGAGGUGUCGUAGACACGAUUUUGCUUCUGUCGGGAUGAUUGAUUGAAUAACCUGCAGGGAUUUUCGAUGAGACCUGAAACACCAUCAGUUGUAGAUUAAUUCUGUUAUGGGAUUGCACCAGUCUGGGCAAGGCCCGAGUGUCCUUGGAUUUGGGGGUUCCCUGUUACUUACAUACUACAUUCUGCUGCAAUAUCAAACGUGAAUUGCGGGUGUGAA